AUGUCAGUGGGCGCAUGGCCCCGCUAUGUCAGUGGGCGCAUGGCCCCGCUGUGUCAGUGGGUGCUAUGGCCCCCACUAUGUCAGUGGGCGCUUGGCUCCGCUGUGUCUGUGAGCUCAUGGCCCCACUAUGUCAGAGGCCGCAUGGCUCCGCUGUGUCAGUGGGUGCCAUGGCUCCGCUAUGUCAGUGGGAGAAUGGCCCCACUAUGUCAGUGGGAGAAUGGCCCCGCUGUGUCAGUGGGAGCAUGGCCCCACUAUGUCAGUGGGCGCAUGGCCCCGCUGUGUCAGUGGGAGCAUGGCCCCGCUGUGUCAGUGGGAGCAUGGCUACUGUGUCAGUGGGCGCAUGGCCCCGCUGUGUCAGAGGGGUCGUGGCCCUACUGUUGGGAGCAUGGCCCCACUAUGUCAGUGGGUGCUAUGGCCCCGCUGUGUCAGUGGGAGCAUGGCUACUGUGUCAGUUGGAGCAUGGCCUCGCUGUGUCAGUGGGAGCAUGGCUCCGCUGUGUCAGUGGGCGCAUGGCUCCGCUGUGUCAGUGGGCGCAUGGCUCCGCUGUGUCAGUGGGAGCAGGCCCCGCUGUGUCAUGAUGAGAACUACAGAAAGCUGCUUCUUCAGCUCAGAGUUCAGAUUGCUCACCAAAUAUCAGACGACAAUCCCGCAGACGAUGCUCUUCACGAUGAAAAAAUCGAUCCCAACGCAAAUUCUGUGCCCGAGGAACCAAUUGUCGGCAACCGCCCUCGAGGACUCGCGAAUGAGCCAACUUUUACAGAUGAUUCGAAGGAAAAUUUCGAGGUGGCAACCAGUGUACCGGAGGCAUGUGAAACUGUCGCAGCAAAUAAAAGUGUUGAAAGAUCGGAACCAGAUGCUCCCACGGUUUGCUCUGCAUUAUCUCAAAGUGUCGGAAAUUCCUCAGUGCUCCCCUCUGAGCAAGCGGCUGCAGCCGUUGACAUUCCUCAGUUGUCUCCUGCAUCGCUUCCACCCUCUGCCGACAUUCCCAACAAGCAGCUAAAAGCUCUUCUCUGUUCAGACGUCGUUGGCCGAUUUAGUUCCCGCCAAAAAGUGGGUGAAUCAUCGACUUAUCCUCGUUUUAUUUCUUCUGAGGACCGUAAUCUCUUAUUAGAACAAAGACCGCCAAAUGAUUUUCCGGUGCCGCCAGCUAAGCGACACUGCACAGGCUUGUCGCGAAGCAACCAAGACGACAACAGCCGAAGUUUCUACCUCAAAGCCGCUUUGUCGUCUCCUGCCAGACCACUGCCUUCCUCUUACUCCUCACCAUUUGCACCACCUUUCUCAUCGUCAUUUUGUCAACUUUCGCCAUCCGCAACAAAGUUACCGCGUGAUACCAUCAACAAACAGCCACCUCUACCUCUAUGUCAUGCCUUCUAUGAAACGCAUUGUUAUCCUUCUUCUAGUCGUUCGCUUUUUGAAAGACUUUAUUAUGCCGCUGUGGAAGAAAAUUCACCUAGGAAUGUCCUUGCUACAUCACAAUCUCAGUCUACUAACAGGACUGAUCUGCCGUCUUCCACAUCGGAAGUGUCUUCGACCACCAACCUUGCUGGCCAGCGUCGCUGCUCUUCGGUGAGUUCCUCGCGUCUUUCUGUGCCUUCGCGCAAGUCUUCCUCGACUGCGUCUCUUCCUUUGUCUUACUCAAUGCCGUCUUUAGCGUCUUUACUGUCUAGUUCAGUUAACACUACUCAGAGAACGGACGGUUCCAGAGAAGAAUCGUUGAGCUGCCACGGCUUGGCUUCUGAAGCUCCAAAACUGCCUAACUUCCGCCACUCAUUCGCCGCGGCGGCUGGCGCUCGUCGUAUACCAAGCGACGGUGGAUUGGAAACUAACAAAUCGAAUUCCGAUACAGACGAAGAUGUUGAAAAAGUGUCGUCAACCACCGGCGAAGAUGAAGAAGCAGAGGCCAAGAAAUCCAAUGCACGAAUUCUUCCAGUGGGGAAUUCGGGCCAUCUUCCUUUCGUCGGCAGAGUACCGAAGUUCACCGUGAACUUCUUGCGUACCUUGAAGUUGUUGUUGUGCAAGCACUGCAGACGGGACUGUCAAAACGAGGCGGGAGUGGUGGGGCGGUGUGGUCGCUGUCACGGCAAGCCUCUCUACUCCCUCUUCGUGGGGUACGAGAGCGAGGAGAACUGCCCACCUCAUACCCAGACGUACCCACCGACGUCGCUGCACGUGGCGUGCCUGCUGAGCGACCCGUGCCCGUACCUGCGGCAGCUUCUGACCAGCGGCUACUGCCCCAACUACCCCAACCUGCUGGGACAGACUCCCCUGCACUCCCUGCUCAUGGGGGAUGUUCGGGGCUCUGGGUUCCUGGAGGCGCUGACGCUGCUGCUGGAGGCCGGCGCGUCGCCGCAGGGCCGGGACACCGCCGGCGCCACGCCGCUGCUCUACCUGAAGCUCCUGCUCAGAGAGGGACUUUACGGCCCCGCCGCGGCUGCUGCCCAGCGCCUCCUGGACGCCGGUGCGGAGGUUGAUGCUGCUAAUGACCAGGGUCGCACACUGCUAAGCUACAGUCUGUGUUGCGGGGACCGUUCGCUCGCCCUGACGCGGCUGCUCCUCAACCACGGCGCUGACAUCUGGGGCAACCCGCACCACGACUGGGACCACUCGGCCUUCCUCUACCUCUUCAAGACAGCGAUGUUGUGUCGCUCGGUCGCUCCGCUGACGGCGACGCUGUCGCUGAUUGGUCGUCUUAUGAGCGGCCAACCGCGCCGCAUGCGCCUCCACCUGCAGCGCAACGUCACGCGCCACGGCCGCUGCCACGCGGUGCUGUCGGGGGUGUCCACGGAGCUCGUGCGCUUCAUGGAGCCUUACUACAAGCGCCCUCAGCCCCUGGGUGCCCUCGCAGCCCUCGCCAUCCGAGGGGCGCUUCCCUCCACCUCCUCUGUUGCCGCCUCCGUCGCCAGGUUGCCGUUGCCACACAAACUGCAGCGGCAACUUGCGCUGCUCGAGUAACUGUUGACGUUACUGGCAACCGCGUUACCGGCAGUCUGCGUUACCGGCAACCGCGUUACCGGCAGUCGGCGUUACUGACAACCCGCGUUACUGGCAGUUUGCAUUACCGGCAGUCCGCGUUACCGGCAGUCUGCGUUACCGGCAACCCGUGUUACCGGCAACCCGCGUUACCGGCAACCGCGUUACC